AAUUACAUAAGGUCCUUAAGAGUAUGUAAUGGUAACGUGCAAAUGUUAUAUUUAUACCAUAAAUAAUAAAUAUAAUAUUAGCAUAAACAUUCUUAAAGUGUGUAAUAAAAGUGCGUUGCAGACAUGGCAAAUGACAGACCGUUAGCUGCGCAUGAAAUUUUAGAUGCUUUAGAAAAUGUUUCUGAUAAUGAAGAAGAUUAUAGAGAACGACUGAUAUGUAUUCUACCUCCUCCUGUUGAUCCUGACUGUCUCACUGACGAAGAUUCGGGUGAAGAAGAUAAUGUAACUUUGAAUAAUUUGCCACGAAACAUUCUGCUUCAACCGGCUGAAGUAAUGAUUCAAGGGCAGAUUAUGGUGAGUGAUACAGAAGAAGAACCUUCUGAUUCUACAGGUCGAACUAAACGUAGGCGUACCUACGCAUGGAGAAAACGGGACUUGGCAAAAAAUCCCGUGAAUUGGCCAGAUGUUCAAGGCGCUUGCCAAGAUAAGCGCCCAAUUGAGUGGUUUGAAAACUUCUUAGAUGAAGAUGUUAUUUCGUUGUUGGUGUCAGAGAGCAAUAAAUAUGCUGUCAAAAAGAAUUUGCCUGGAGACAUAACCACUGAAGAUAUGAAAUGUUUCAUCGGCAUAUUGUUGGUUAGUGGUUAUUCAUGGCUCCCCCGUAGAAGAAUGUAUUGGGAAAACUCCCCUGAUACAAAGAAUGAAUUGAUCAGCUCGGCUAUGACUAGGGAUAGAUUUGACUUUAUUUUUCGCCACCUUCAUGUCAAUGACAAUCUGGAUUUGCAAGACAAAUACACAAAAGCAUCUCAAAUAGUGGAAAGUGCCAAACUCCGCAACACGGUAGUGUUACAGUGUUUCCAGGAAGAGCACGAAACAAAACAAAGGCAGAUGGCUGAAACACAUGAGCUCAAACAGAAGCGACUCGCCGAAGCUCACGAAAGGGCUAGACAGAAGCAUCUUCUAAGGCUCAAAUUGUUACAGCAGCAAUUAAAUAAAUAA